UGCGCCGUCUCCCCUCUUUGCCACAACCGCCACGGUCGGCUUGUGACAUAUGGAUAUUGAAACACGGCACAGUCCCUCCUGCAGGGCGAAUUCAAAUCGCCGGCAGAAUGGGCGGGGCUACCCAGUCUAGGCGUUGACACAGUUGGAGAGACACGGCAGAGAAAACACAGCGCUGAGCAUGCGGACGAGCAGCGGCGAUACCACCGCUAAAACCGUACUCCGAUACCCGAGAGAAGCGUUGAAAUCAUCAGAAUGUGGCCCUUGUCGACGCUGGUUCUGCUCUGCGGAGGUUGGCCCGUGAACGCAGAAAUCAACUCGCUGACCUACAUCUACACGGCCUUCACCCGGCCUGUCGGCCUGCCCGGCAUCCACGAGUUCUCAGCCAUGGGUCUGCUGGACGGCCGGCCCAUCGACUACUUCGACAGCGACACCCCGGUGAAGGUGCCCAAGGAGGACUGGAUGAAGGAGCGUCUGGACAAGGAAUACUGGGACAAGGGCACCAGCUCCCGGCAGACCAAACAGCAGUGGUUCAAGGUCAACCUCAAAAUCCUCACCGACCGCCUGAGGAAGAACGACACAGUUAACCACUAUCUCCAGUGGAGACAUGGAUGUGAGGUAAACACUACAGGCUCUGAGAGGAAGCUCAGUGGGAUUGACCAGUACGGCUAUGAUGGAGACGACUUCCUGUCCUUCGACAGCCAUCACAAGCAGUGGGUCGCCCACAUGGACGGAGCCAUUCUGACCAAGCGCAAGUGGGACGGCAUCCAGCAGCUCAACGACUACACCGACGGCUACCUUCACAACGAGUGUGUCCAGUGGCUGGACACCUUCCUCAAAUACAGGAAGGAGGCCAAUAUUAAGGCCUCACCACCAGAAGUUUACAUAUCCGCCAGGCCAUUUGAGAACAACCUGAAGCUCAGCUGCCUGGCCACAGGCUUCCACCCCAAGGAGAUCACUAUGAACAUCAGGAGGGACGGCCAUUUGGUGGACCGCGACGAUGGUCUGCAGUCCACGGGGAUCCGUCCUAACGGGGACGGGACCCACCAGAUCAAGAAGUGGGUGAUGAUUCCUAGGGGCGACACGGCCAACUACACCUGUGAAGUCAACCACCCUGCGAGCAACAUCCAUGUGGUCGAAGAGUGGGCCUUGCUCACAUCGGUUGCACUGUCUCCAAUCCUUCCGCCGCAAGGCCAGCCAGCACCACCAGAAGUUUACAUAUCCGCCAGGCCAUUCGAGAACAACCUGAACCUCAGCUGCCUGGCCACAGGCUUCCAUCCCAAGGAGAUCACUAUGAACAUCAGGAGGGACGGCCAUUUGGUGGACCGCUACGAUGGUCUGGAGACAACGGGGGUCCGUCCUAACAGGGACGGGACCCACCAGAUCAAGAAGUGGGGGAUGAUUCCUCGGGGCGACACGGCCAAGUACACCUGUGAAGUCAUCCACCCUGCGAGCAACAUCCAUGUGGUCGUAGAGUGGGCCUUGCUCACAUCGGUCGCAUUGCCUCCAAUCCUUCCGCCGCAAGGCCAGCCAGCACCACCAGAAGUCUACAUAUCCGCCAGGCCAUUCAAGGACAACCUGAAGCUCAGCUGCCUGGCCACAGGCUUCCACCCCAAGGAGAUCACUAUGAACAUCAGGAGGGACGGCCAUUUGGUGGACCGCGACGAUUGUCUGCAGUCCACGGGGGUCCGUCCUAACGGGAACGGGACCCACCAGAUCAAGAUGUGGGUGAUGAUUCCUGGGGGCGACACGGCCAAGUACACCUGUGAAGUCAACCACCCUGCGAGCAACAUCCAUGUGGUCGAAGAGUGGGCCUUGCUCACAUCGGUCGCACUGCCUCCAAUCCUUCCGCCGCAAGGCCAGCCAGCACCACCAGAAGUCUACAUAUCCGCCAGGCCAUUCAAGGACAACCUGAAGCUCAGCUGCCUGGCCACAGGCUUCCAUCCCAAGGAGAUCACUAUGAACAUCAGGAGGGACGGCCAUUUGGUGGACCGCGACGAUGGUCUGCAGUCCACGGGGGUCCGCCCUAGCGGGGACGGGACCAACCAGAUCAAGAUGUGGGUGAUGAUUCCUGGGGGCGACACGGCCAAGUACACCUGUGAAGUCAACCACCCUGCGAGCAACAUCCAUGUGGUCGAAGAGUGGGAUCAGGGCGUUGUUCCUGUUCCACCCCCCAUUGGACUCAUUGUCGGGGCUGUUGUUGGUCUACUGGUGGUGGUGGGGCUCAUUAUCACUGGUGUGGUGAUUAUCCUCAGGAGAAGGAGGACACCAGCGGAAAAAGUUGUCACGAUCCUGCCCGUGCAGAUGGAACACCAGACCCUACUCACAGGUGCCAGCUCUGGUAUCGGCUCUGGUCCCAGGGAUGGUUCCAGCUCCAGUCUGGACCAUCCCCUUAAUACAACUCAGGUCUGAGUCCCGAUCACCACAUCCUGGGGUGUCUUGUUACAUUCAAGACUUCCACUCCUGAUUGCUUGGUUUCUUCUACGCUUUCUUUUAUGCUUCUUCUUUAGUGUUGUAAAUAAACUUCCAAAGCUUUUUAAAUCUUAUUUGGAAAAUAACUUCA